AUGGAUGAUCCCUUUAUCUUUAUAAGGAAGAUUUUCAUAGAUUAUGGCUACAGCAGGUUUUUCAAUUAUUACAAUCGCCUUGUUUUCGUUUUCCAUACUUGUAGUUUAUUGCUAGAAGGUUACUACAUGGUUAAAAAUUUCAGCUUAGAUUUUUUCACACAAUACGGAGGUGUAACUACCUUAAUGUUUUAUUAUUUAAUUACCCAAUUUUUCACAAUUAUAAAACAGGAUUUGGUUCAGCAAAUGAUGGAAGAAAGUGAAUUAUUUUUUUGGAAUAUGAAUUUUGUUCCUUUCAAUAAACAAAAGCAAAUUUUGAAAGAAAUGACACAAAAUAAGCGACGAAUUAAUUUUUUUUGGAUCUGGGUUUUAUUUUUUGGUAUUGUGAUGCUACCUGUGUGGGGCGACUUCAACGAAGCACAUUUAUUUCCACAAAUUUAUCAGACAUAUUUGGGAAAUUGGUCUACAAUUUUUUAUUAUUUUCAUAUUUCUAGUUUCCCAUUUACAAUCUACACAGGAAUUCGAAUAGCUGCUAUUUCAUUAUAUUUAAUUUUGGCGACUCAUUUCCAAAUGGUGUUACUUAAGCAAAAAAUUUUACAAAUAUCGCAAGAUUAUGGCUUAACAAAUCAAGACAAAAUUUUUGAAAAUUUGUGCGUCUGCGUUUCUCAACACAUAGCUCUGAAAAAAUUUAUCCAAAAAUGGGUCCAAAUAUUGCAAAAAGCGAUGCCUGUGUAUAUUUGUUUGGCUAUAUUGUGCCUCAUUACUGUUAUGUAUGUUAUUUUAAAUAAUUUUAAUAUAAAUACAAGCAACCAUCUUAAAGCACGUUUUCUUGUUGCUGGAAUUUACGGUUGUGUUAUUUUGUACACAUUUAGCGAAGCUGGUCAACACCUAGUCGAAAUCACUGAUAAAGUUUUUAAUACUUUAAUUCAGUGCCCUUGGUACAACUGGAAUAUUAAAAAUAGAAAAACACUUAUGAUGUUCAUGUUGGAGUCUCUACAACCCUUGCAAAUUUCGUGGGCUGGUGUCACAAUAGACUACACAUUCGGAAGCUCUGUGAUUAAAACUUGUUGCUCUUACGCUUUGGUCUUUUACAAAUUGCGAAACGGCAAAUAA